AUGGUAUCAGUCCCACCCGGUGAGCUCACCCCCUCCAUCCACCAUGCCCCCACCUCCCCCUACUCCUCCUCGAACCACGCCCCCACCACCACCACCCUCGCACCGCGGAGCACCACACCCUCCUCCAUCACCGACCGUCCAUCCCUCAUCCGACGCCUCUCGCGCUCCGGCGACCACCACGGCGCCCUCGCCCUCUUCCGCGACCACCGCCGCCGCAUCAAACCCUGCGACCGCUCCAUCUCCGUCGUCCUUCGCAGCUGCGCGGCGCUCCGCGCCGUCCGAUCGGGCGAGGAGGCGCACGCCUUCGCGCUCCGGCACAGCGCCUUCGGUGUGAUAACACGCCGCACGGUAACCUCCCUCGUCUCCUUCUACGCCCACUGCGGCCUCCUCUCGCAUGCGCGGAACCUGUUCGAUAAAAUGCCUCAUAGAGAUGUUGUAGCGUGGACCGCCAUGUUAAUGGCGUAUUCCGAUAAAUAUGACCAAAUUGACGAAACGGGCUUGCUGUUUAUUGAGAUGUUGUGCAGUGGCGUUGAUCCCAAUCCCCACACUCUCACCGUUAUGCUGCGUUCGGCGACGCUUCGAUUCGGGAAGCAGUUACAUUGCUAUGUAAUGAAGAGGAGUUGGGGCUCUGAUCUGUUUAUCGGGAGCUCGUUGAUCGAUAUUUAUGCUCAAAAUGCGAUUUUGGAUGAUGCCCAUUUGGUUUUUAGUACAAUCGAGCACAAAGAUGUCGUUUGUUUCAAUUGCUUGAUAUCGGGUUAUAGCCGGAUUGGGUCGUUGGACGCGCUCUUCUAUCUGUUCGAUGAAAUGCGUGUAUCGGGAUUUGAACCGAAUCAGUCUACAUUAGUGUCAUUUCUCAAUGGAUGUGCGACUUCCGGAUUUAUAGGUCCUUCGAUGCAAUUCCAUGCUCAAGCAGUCGUAAGGGGAUUCGUCUCUGACGAAAUGGUUCAAGGCGUUAUCGUCGACAUGUACGCAAAAUGUGGUGAUCUUAAUGCAGCUCGCCUCACCUUUGAUAGAAUAAGUAGUGCAACGAACACCGUCAUUUGGAAUUCGAUGAUCUGUGGGUACGGAAAGCAUGGGCGAACAAAUGAAGCUCUUCGAAUCUUUGAAUCAAUGGAUUUUGCUAGGGUUCGACCAGAUUACAUCACAUUCAUAUGCCUCUUGUCGGCUUGUAGCCACUCGGGUUUGAUUGAAGAAGGUUGGAGACUAUUCAACUUGAUGAUUGAAGUCCAUAAGAUAGCUCCUAGAAGCGAGCAUUUAUGUUGCAUGGUUGAUCUAUUGGGUCGAGCCGGGUUGGUUUUUGAGGCUUUUGAGUUCAUGCACAAGUUUAAGUGCGAGCCAACUCCUUCAAUGUGGGGGGCUUUGUUAAGUGCUUCUAGGGCAUGCGGCAAUGUCGAGAUCGCAGAAAUUGCUUCUGAGAAGCUAUUUGAGUUGGAGAGGGAAUGCUCGGCGUCUUACAUAGUAAUGUCGAGUAUCUACGCGGGAAAUGGACGGUGGGAUGAAGCUGAUGAAGUUAGGGAGUUGAUGGAUGAUAAGAUGGUGAGAAAAGAGGCAGGGUGUAGUUUGAUUGAAGUUGGUGGUAUUGUGCAUAAAUUUAGGGCAGGAGAGAAUAUAGGGGAUGAUAAGUUAGAGGUGUAUAUGAUGUGCCAUAAGUUGAAUUUGUGUAUAUCUGAUCAGUUUGAUCCUGAUUUUGCUUGUGAUUUAAAAAGCUUUAGUGCGUAA